CACCAAGAUGUCAACAAAACACGCUCCAGUUCUGCUGCUGCUGCUACAGCUGAGUUGCUGCUUCAGCUCUGGGAGUUGUGGAAAGGUGCUGGUGUGGCCGAUGGAAUUCAGCCAUUGGAUGAAUCUGAAGACAAUCUUAGAUGAGCUUGUCCAGCGAGGCCAUGAAGUAACUGUUGUGAAAUCUUCAGUUUCUCAUCUAAGUGAUCCUAACAAAAAAUCUGCAAUCAAAUUUGAAACUUUUCCUACAUCUUUCGCUGGACAUGAGCUGUAUGACUUUUUUACACAAUGGGCAGAUAGAUGGAUAUAUAUGGUUCAAAAAGAUACAUACUGGGAAUAUUUUUCAGAACUUCAAGAAUUCUUCUCAGGAUAUUCUAGUUAUUAUUUAAAACUCUGUAAAGAAGUUGCGUUGAGCAAGGAACUUAUAAUAAAACUACAAGAAUCAAGGUUUGAUGUUGUUCUUGCGGAUCCUUUUGCUCCCUGUGGGGAGCUUCUGGCGGAGCUGCUUAAAAUACCCUUAGUAUACAGUGUACGCUUUACUCCUGGCUACACAUUGGAGAGGCAGAGUGGAGGACUUAUCUUGCCUCCUUCCUACGUACCAAUUAUUCAGUCUGGUUUAGGUGGCCAAAUGACAUUCAUAGAAAGGGUGAAAAAUAUGAUAUGCCUGCUUUGUUUUGACUUUGGGUUUAAAAUGUUCAAUGAGAAGUGGGAUCAGUUAUACAGUGAAGUACUAGGAAGACCUACUACUUUCUCUGAAAUAGCAGGGAAAGCUGACUUUUGGCUCGUUCGAAGUUAUUGGGAUUUCGAGUUUCCUCAUCCGUUCCUGCCAAAUUUUGAUUUUAUUGGAGGACUUCAUUGCAAACCCGCCAAACCUCUGCCAAAGGACAUGGAAGACUUUGUGCAGAGCUCUGGAGAAGAGGGAGUUGUGGUGUUUUCUUUGGGCUCAAUGAUCAGUAACAUGACAGAAGAGAGGGCCAAUGUGAUCGCAUCAGCGCUUGCCCAGCUUCCACAAAAGGUUAUUUGGAGAUAUGAGGGCAUGAAGCCAGCUCAUUUAGGAGCCAAUACUCAGCUGUAUAAGUGGAUCCCCCAGAAUGACCUUCUUGGUCAUCCAAAAACCAAAGCUUUUGCUACUCACGGUGGAGCCAAUGGCAUCUAUGAGGCAAUCUAUCAUGGCAUUCCUAUGGUGGGCAUUCCUUUAUUUGCGGAACAACCUGAUAACGUUGCCUACAUGAGGGCCAAGGGAGCAGCAGUUACACUGGACUGGAAAACAAUGUCAAGUGCAGACUUACUCAAUGCCCUGAAGACAGUUAUCCAUGAUCCUUCGUACAAAGAGAAUGUUAUGAAAUUAUCAAGAAUUCAUCAUGAACAGCCUUUGAAGCCCCUGGACCGAGCCGUCUUCUGGAUCGAGUUUGUCAUGCGCCACAAAGGAGCCAAACACCUUCGGCCAGCUGCCCACAAUUUGACCUGGUACCAGUACCACUCUCUGGAUGUGGCUGGGUUCCUGCUGGCCUGUGUGGCAAUUGUUACUAUCCUUGCCAUCAAAGUUUGUUUGCUUAUUUAUAAAAAGCUUUUUAAGACAGGAAAAAAGAAUAAAAGGGAUUAGAGAUCCUUCAGACCUAAGGAUAGCAGCUAUGACGUGAAACCAGCCCUUUAGUAUUAAGGAAUAAGAAUUUUCUAGAUGUGAUACGCUUGCUCUAAGUCCCAAAGUGUGGCAAGAUUUCCCUCAACAUUCUAUAAGACCUUUGUCUUUAUUUGUCUACUUCUUUUUUUCUUGAUUCAUCAUUAGGGAAGGAACCAUUCUGAUCUCUGAAAUCCUCAAAUAAUUCUACUUCAAUUUUGAUACACAUCAUAUCUGAAGCAAAAGGAUUCAUUGAAUCUUUAGCCUGCUGAUUUGUGAAGAACAAGAAAUCUCAAGAUUUUAGUCUACAUUUCAGAAACAUUGUCUAUUUGAACAAAAUGCAAUCAAGUAGGAAAACCCAAGCCGGAUCUUUAUUAAAAAUGGCAAAAUGAAUUUUUUUAGCAGUGAGAAUUCUAGCCAAGUUCAGUGAAGGUAUUACACUUAAGAGACCAGGUGGGCAUCUCAAUAAAGAACGGAGAGUCCAGUCCACAUGCAGACUGGAAUUUUCUG